AUGCGGGAACCGUUGGUGAAAAUAAGCGAAGGAAAGUUGUUGGGGACGAUCAAACGCGAUAAAAACGACGGGGAAUUCUUCGCUUUCCAGGGAAUCCCCUACGCUAAACCGCCGCUGGGCGAGCUCCGGUUUAAAGCCCCACAACCACCGGAUCCUUGGGAUGGAGUCCGAGACGCCCGAGAGGAAGGAAGCGAAUGUUUCGCCAGGCAAUUCGAGGAUUUCUCCGGAUCGGAGGAUUGUCUCUUCAUCAACGUCUACACCAAACAGAUAUCGAGCGAGAAAUUAAAACCUGUGAUGGUUUGGAUCCACGGCGGAGGCUUCACGGCUGGUUCCUCUAACACCAAACUCUACGGUCCGGAGUAUUUACUCACCGAAGACGUGGUGUUAGUCAGUUUUAACUACAGAUUAGGAGCUCUUGGCUUCCUGAGCCUGCCGGACCCCGAGCUAGGCGUGCCCGGCAACGCCGGUCUCAAGGACAUGGUGAUGGCGUUGAAAUGGGUGCGAAAAAACAUCCGGGAAUUCUCCGGGGAUCCGGAUAACGUGACGGUUUUCGGCGAAAGCGCCGGCGGUUCGGCCGCUUUGUAUCUCACCCUCUCGCCGAUGGCCGAAGGGUUGUUUCACAGGGUCAUAGCGCAAAGCGGUGGUGUAACGAAUUGCUGGGCGUAUUCUAAUAAAACAUCGGCUUAUAUGUUGGCUGAGAAAGCGGGGAUUUACUCGAACGAUGAUGCUCUAAUACUCAGGCAUCUGCAGGAGUUGAGUCUCGAGGAUUUGCAGGAGGCCUUGUCGAAGAUACCGGAUCUACACGCUAUAGGUAUCUUAAGACCCUUCGGGCCUGUUGUAGAAAAGCCUUCGAACGAACCGGCGUUUCUAUCCAAGCAACCCUUGGAGGUGAUUCGAUCGGGGGAGUACAGCAAAGUGCCGAUUAUCAUGGGUUGCUUGUCUAGAGAAGGAAUGUACAUAUCGGCUUUAAUCAAAGGUAGCGCGAAGACUAAAUUGUUGAUGCAUACGACUUUGUUGCCCAAUAAUUUGGGCAUGAGGAUCGGUAGUGAUGUUCAUAAAAGGGCGGCUAAAAGGGUGAUGGAGUUCUAUUUCGGGGAUAAAAAAGAUCCUUUGGAUGAUAUCGAUUGGGUCAAUAAGUUAUACACGGACAAUUAUUUUUUAUACGAAGUAUACAGAAACGCCAAGUGUCUUUUGGAAACCAAUCCUUGUCCAAUAUACUUCUAUAGGUUCCUGUAUGAUACGGAAUUGAACUUUCUAAAAAAUCUCUACGGACUUACCGAGCCUGGUGCUUGUCAUGCAGACGACACGCCAUAUCUGUUCAAAUGCGAGCUGGUGCCCGAUGUAGUAGAAGGCAGCGAAGAGGACAGGGCCGUACGCAGGAUGGUUAAAUUAUGGACGAAUUUCGCCAAGUACGGUAGACCUACGGUAGAUCGAACAGACGCGUUGUUGCCGGUUGAAUGGGAACCGAUUACUCGGGAUAAAUUCAAAACGUUCGAUAUCGGACCGGAGAUGAAGCAACACGACCACCAUCCGGAGCAAAAGUACAUGGAAUUCUGGGAUGACAUGUUCCGAACCGGCGCCGUUGCCACGUCUAAAUUGUAG